GUUGAUAUGAUGAACGUGUUUGAAACUACCAUGCCGCGCAUACAAUUAGUUAACACAGCUCAAAGUUUGGGGUAUAUAGCCGGGUCACUGAUCGGGUUUCUAUACAAGUGGGUGAACCGGCAACUGGCCAUCACUGUUACCACAGCCAUGUUGGGCGUAUUUAUCCUAUUAAUGCCCCUGUGUCCAAAUGUGUACUUGGCCAUAUUAUGUAUGUUUUUGAGCUCGAUCGGAAACGGCUGUUUUGACAGCAGUAACGCCGUUUGGCUGAUCGAGAUGUGGGACACUAAGAGUCCAUCGUUGUUAAUGUUAGGCGCAAUGAUGUACGGCUUGGGCUCAAUACUGGCGCCCGCGUUGGCCCGACCUUUCGUUAGCACCGAUGCCGAGCCGACGGACGGCACGACACUCGCCUCAGUCACUACCGAAGCGCCCAUUGAUUACACGUAUAGACGCCAACAAUUGGUGAUACCGUAUAUGAUUGCCGGCGGCACUACUUUAGUAGGUUAG